CUCCGGUGUGCCAGUCGAUCGCGGGCGUCCGUCGGGUUCCGUCUCGUCUCGUUUCGUCGCAGUUUAGAGUCGUCUUCGUCGUCGUUUUCGCGCCCUCCUCAUACAUAAUAUAAUAUAGUACAUCGUAUUACAAUACAAGUGCGGAGCUUAUAUAACCUGAUACCGCGACCGCGUUCAGGUCGGAUUCCGUCGGACUCUAUCGUCGCGGGUUAUUUAUUUAUUAUUUUCGGGUGUCACCGUUUUUUUUUCUCACUCAAUUUUUACUAUCGCGUAAUUAUUAAAAAAAAAUUUUAUAAUAGUUUAUUAUAAAUUCCUGCCGAUCACGUGCGCAGUGUGUGUUUGUGUGCGCAAACAUAAAGUUUCCGCGGUGGUGUUAUCGAGUCAAACGUCAACAACUAUAGGACCGAUUAUAAUAACUAGCCACGCGAAAGGCGAGGAAAAGCGUCCGGAACGUAUUUGCCGCCUGUCUGGCGAACGUCGCUUCUAUCCGCUGACCGGUGUAUAACAAAUUGCUGAGUGGAAAUUCAUUAUUUGUGCUUACAACAUUAUUACAGAUAUGUUUGAAGACCAUCUCAUUGUUUUGGUUAAUUGGAUAUAAAAAUACGUCACAGUUAAAACUUUAUCUGAAGCGACGUGAAAUGGUACUCAGGUGAUGGACAAACGCCUCGCUAUGAUUUCAAGUGCAUUCCUCAACAACGCUGUCUGUUAUUGGCUGUGUUUUCUUCUUACAGUUACCACAGUACGAUCAGCACAUACAAAAGAAUGUCGUUCACAGCUCGGUAUGGAGUUCAGCAAAAUUCCAGAUCAUAGGAUAACUGCUAGUUCAUCAUAUGAAGUCAAAUCAGUGGGACCACAGAAUGCAAGAAUUCGGCAAGAAAAGAACGGAGGCGCGUGGUGCCCAAAAGCGCAAAUUAGCAGUGAAGUCAGAGAGUAUCUGGAGAUCGACUUGGAUGAAGACCACCUGGUCACGUGGACUGAAACACAAGGCCGGUGGGGAAAUGGCCAGGGGCAGGAGUACACCGAGGCAUUCACCGUCGAGUAUUGGAGAAAGUCCAUUGGCCGAUGGGUGGAAUACAAAGACUCAAAAGAAUGCAGGGUAUUACCGGGCAAUGUAAAUACUUAUUUGUCAGUCAAUCAAGAGUUGGAACUGCCAUUUGUGGCGAGUAGAAUACGUUUCGUGCCUUUUAGCACACAUCCAAGAACCGUCUGCAUGCGUGUGGAAAUCUAUGGGUGUCCUUGGGAACAGAGCGUAGUAAAUUAUAUAGCACCCAGAGCUGACACCGAAUUCGAAGACGUCAGCUAUGAUGGAGACCUGGGACGAUCACUUAUGACAGGUGGUCUAGGAAUGCUGACCGACAGUUUGUACGGAGCAGAUGAUUUCUUACAGUUUGAUUUGCAAUUUCAUAAACCUCUUAGUAAGAGAUGGGUCGGCUGGUCAAACGAUUCCAUUGGUAAUAAGUUGGAUUUAGUGUUUGAGUUCAACGGAUUCCGAAUGUUCAAAGAAGUAAAAAUACACAGCAGCCAUAUACCGACCAGAGACGUAAAAGUGUUUAGUAUGGCGUUGAUUUACGUCAGCUUAGACGGGGACAAAUGGCAAGAAUGGCCGAUAAAGUUUAGCACAAAGUCGGAGGCCAUUAAGGACACCGCUGUAAACAUAACCAUCAAUCUGAAGAGCAGGGUGGGCCGGUAUAUCAAGAUAUGUCUCUAUUUUUCUGCUCGAUGGAUACUCAUCAGCGAGGUCUCGUUUGAGUCCGAAUUAGUCGCUGCAAACAUAACCGAGGGAUUGUUAUCGCAGUUCUACACUCAAAAGGAAACUGGAUACGAACUUCGCCAGAGUGGUGAUACGACGCAAACAAGGAAGGAAGUUACUACAGGACCUAGUCCGGGCAACAGCACUCAGACGUACGUGGGACUGGUCACCGGGUCGCUGGCCAUGACCGUGCUGCUGGUGGCCGGCGUGGCCGUCGGUCUGGCGCUGAAACGCGGUCGACAGAAGGUCGCUCUGCUCCAGUUCAAGCAGGCCACGCUCGGGGCGCCCAAGCAGCAGUCCAUCAACAUGAAGCACCUGAAGAACGGCUCCAAAGGGACCGUCGGCUCGUCGUCGCUGUACUGCAGGAGCGGCACGGUGUUGGGCGGCGGCAUCGGCAUCGGCAUCGGCGGCGGUCGGGUCGGCGGCGUCGGCGGUCACGUCGGCCACGAGUCCGAGGACAGCGACAACUCGUCCGUGUACCACGAGCCGUACAAGCGGCUGCCGUCCGGCAAGAAUCACGAUUACGCUCCGACCACGUUCCUGUUCAAGAAGGACGUGUCGGCGUUGACCACCAGCAAGAGCAGCGAAUACACUGACUUCACGAGUGUCGGCAGUUUCGGGCAAGACGACGUUAAAUACUCAUCACCGUCGAUGUACACACUGAACCCGCCACCACCGCCUAUCACUAGACCCCCGCCACUCUUGCAAUCCGAACAACUGAACAAAUCGCUGCCGGCAAACCUACAUAACUACUAUGCGGCCAUCGACAUAGUCAAGACGGAGCGCAAGGAACAACAUUUCACGCCGGGUGUGUUCACGUGCAUGAAGCUUCCGGAAGAUAAACAGGACGAGUGCAGUCAAACAUCACUGUACGAGAUAUCUCGAAACCGACUGCGAGUGAUCGAAAAACUAGGCGAAGGCAAUUUCGGAAUGAUCCACUUAUGCGAAACGGACGGCAUACCCGAGUACAAUGCCACGUCGACGUUCCACAAAAGACAAGUGAUCGUCAAAUCGCUUCGCCGUGGCUGUGGUGAACAAAACAAACAAGACGUGAUGAGGGAGACAAAGUGCUUGUACACCGUUCGGGAUCCGAAUUUGGCUCGAAUCGUAGGUGUGUGCAGCCCUGACGAACCUUUGUGCAUCAUACAAGAAUAUUGUGAAUAUGGUGACUUGCCGAGUUUCUUAAAGGUCCAAACCACGGAAUCCACAGAAACUCAUCCGACAAUCAAUUACGGAUGCUUGCUAUACUUUGCCACUCAGAUCGCAUCAGGCAUGAAACAUUUAGAGGGUAAAGGGAUCGUCCACAGAGACUUAGCCGCGAGGAAUUGCUUGGUGGGAAAAAACUAUUCACUGAAAAUAUCCGAUCACGCGUUGUACUGUAGUCAAUACGAUUCGGAUUAUUACGUUAGUGAUACUAAGUCGAGAUUGCCGAUAAGAUGGAUGUCGUGGGAGAGUUUGCUUUUGGGCAAGUACACGUCGAAAAGCGACGUCUGGUCAUUCGCAGUCACCCUGUGGGAGAUACUCAUGUUCUGCAGCCAUCAACCGCUGGCGGAGCUUACCAACGAACAGGUAGUAGAGAACGCCAACCACAUGUACCUGUCCAACGGCAAACACAGGUACGCGGAACCUCCGCCCAGCUGCCCACGCGAAAUGUACGAGAUCAUGGCUGAGUGCUGGAAACGCAGCGACUCGGAUCGGCCUAAGUUCUCGGAGAUACAUCUAUUCCUCCAGCGCAAGAACCUUGGUUAUGUACCAGUGAUAUGAUCGGACUCGCGACCGAACACGUCCUACCACACUUCCGCGACCACCCGCACCGAUAUGCACCCACCACGGCAACCACUCUUCGACUAGUAGUGCAGUACAUGGUGACAUCCUUCCAAUGAAGGUGACUACACCGCGUCGUGUCGCACUAGUUUUUUGAACUUUUAGUCAGGUAUGCGUUUAACGAGUAUUUGUCUAUGCCCUACCACUCCACUACACCUCCCUCAAAAAAAAAAAAAAAAUGUGGAAACUGUGUAUCUCGCGAUAGUCAUGUAGUCGUGAUUCCGCCGAGCACCGAUCGCAUAUCCAAUACCUUUCCACUGCCAAUCCAGAUCUACUAUUUUAUGCUAUUCCUUGUUUUUCUUGACCACCGUUCGUAGAGAAUGUUUUCCAUUAAACACAUGAAUAGAUAUCCAUAAGAUUUAUCAUCUCAAAGCCGUAAUAAUUAAUGUUUAAUGAUUAUUAUUAGUAUUGCUAGUGGUAGUAGUAUUAUUAUUACCUAUUAUUUUUAGGAUUUAUAAGACUGCAUACCUAUCGUAAUAAUUAAAUACUUUUACUUGUGAUGCGCAUAUAGUAUUCUCCAGUGUCAAAACUUCAUACCGGUUGCAUAAUAAAUUAUACGAGUACAAUAUUUGUCAAAAUGUAGGCCCAAAUACGGUGUUCUAUCAAAAACACAAAACGAACAAAAACCAUGGAUAGAAAAUCUAAACCAAAAUAUCCAUUUAAACAUCCUUUCUCAUCCGAGUUUUUAUUUGCUCAUGAUAAUAUUACGUCGAUUAAUAUUAUUUUUAACAAACGCAAAUACAUACUCAAAACUGUUAGGAUAUAAACUAAAAGAAUAUUUUAUGUUGUUAUGUUGUAUGUAAAAAUGAUCAGUGAAAAAAAUCGUGUUUUUUUGCCGUAGAAUAUCAAUUCAUUUCAAAUCAUUUUUUUUGAUGCAUUGUUCAUACCAGACUUUGUAGUUUGAAUAUUUUGGUCUGCAGAAAAAAUUUUUUGGUUUUGCUUCGUUCGACUAAAAACUCUUAAAUAACUAAUAUAAUAAAAUGUUUUUUUUUAAAUUAAACACAUCUGUAAUAUAAUACAAUAUUAUAUAUAAAAAACAGUAUUGCGUACACUCCCAUGUUGUAUGGGAUGUUUACUGUUCAAACGCAACGCCAAGAUAUUUUAAGUUUAUAGUCGUGUGCAUCUCGACUUCUAAACUCGGUUUAACGUCAUUUUCAGAGUUAUAAAAGUUUAUUAUACAUAUUGUAUCAUAGUAUAUGUAUACUUCAGCUACCAUAGUUUUGCACAACAAUUGUACACGUAAUAUUUCGCGUGUUCGAUUUCUCAUUUGAACAUAAGUGUUUUAUACUCACCAUCCGUUAUCCUACUCACUUUCCUACACCGACGGUUGGACGAUAUUAAUAACUAAUAAUUAAAAAAUAUUUCUUGUUUUAAUUGCUAAUGAGAACCAAAUGUAAUCAAUCUAUUGUACACGCAAUGUCUUCCACGAUUCAACCCGUUUAUUGGCGAAACGCUGAAAAUUUGCAGUGCAAAUUUUUUUUGUUUCAACCCAAAACACGUGUUGGAAAAUGGUUAUUACAUAUUAUAGUUUUUAUUUCAUUUUCCGAGGACGCAAUUUCUAUGUGUUGUAAAUCUGUAUAUACAAUUUUCGUUUUUUUAUUUAAUGUACAUAAUGUUGUAAUGUCUACUGUUGUACGAGAUCCAGCGUUAGAUUCUAAUUUGAAAACUUAAACAAUCUUAUUAAAUUAAUAUACGCUAUCACUUUCACAAACAACGCAUGUAUAUGUAUAAUAAUUAUUAAAUUUAAUUAUUUUUAUUUAGGCCAGGAUAAAAUAAUUUUUAUACAAAACUAUUUAUAUUUAUUUACUUGUAAUGUAUAAAACUCAAGUGGAUAUGUAGUUAAAAUUAUAUGUUGUUUAAAAAAAAACUAUCCAUGUUACUUCUAUUACUUAUUAUUAAAAUAUAUCAUAUUAUUAUGUUUUUUUAACGGUAGUAAGUGUAAUGCUGUAUUACAUGAACUCACUCCAAUGUCUUUCCAAGUAGUUGAAACGAAUAUGACCUCUACGUCAAGUGUCAUAUUCUGUUCUAAAUUAAUAUUUAAGGGAUUUAAUAUUUUUUUCUCCAAUUGUUUUUUAUUUAUUAAUUACUAGCUGCGAUGUGUGAUUAUCAAACGAAUCAUGAAAUUAUAAUCGCGUUGAUCUAAAUUUAUAUUGUACAUACAUUUUCUCAUUUUCUCUAACUAAGCCUCUUGGAUCAUUUUUUAUGUUUUGUAUUUAAUUAAUAUAUUAUAUUGGUUAAAAUAAUACUAAAAUUAUGAUUUCAAUGUAUUAAGCUCAAAAGUGGAUUAGCUGAGCUCGUGUAAAAUGCAAUAAAUCGUACUUAUAUUAAAUAUAAACUAAUUUAAUGUGCAAUUUAAAAUAAAAUGGUGCCAAUAUCUGUUAUUAUUAUAGUUAAACAAUCGUUCGAGUAUAUAUCCAUAAUAUAUUUAUUUCAGAAACAAUUAUAGUAUUCCAUUUUCUAUUUUUUUUUUAAUUAUUUAUUGCUAUUAUUUUUUUUAAGAGGUGUGUGUGAUAUAUAAUUAUAUUUUUUAAAUUUGCAUAUCAUAUAAUAUAUAUAUAAAUAUAUAGUUUAGUACGCGUUUUUCUCCAAACUUUCCAAAAUAGUAUAAAUUCCUCAGUAUCAAACCCCUAAUUUUGAUUUACGAUAGAAUUUAAUUUAGGCCGCGGUCACGUGACGGCGAAAAUGAUAAAAUGGCACUUUUCAAAGGGUGGCAUGAAAUGGUGUGUAAAUAAUAAUAAUAUUACAUGGAGGGUAUAAUCAAUUGCCCACGUUGCUAAGAGACAAUCAAUCUCUAACACUUUUUGGUCUAUAAAAUUUUGUAAAAAAUAAAAAAAAUUAUACAUAUUUAUUAUAUUUAUAUAUAUAUAUAUAUUAAUAAUAAUAAGAAAUUCCCAGCACACAUUUUAAAUGUAUUAUACCUAUUGUUGACGGAACGCAAAAUUAUUUCCUCUUAUUUCAGCUAUAACCUAAUCAAAUAAUUAGGUAAAGCUAUUAUCUUCAAAUAUACAAUAUAAACUUGCAAUAGGUAAUGAAAUACUUAUAAGACAUAAUAUUAUUAAUUUGCAUUAAGCAUUUUGUAAACAAAAAUAAAAAUAAAUAGUCUUUAAUAAAUAUAUAUAUAUAAAUAAGAAAUAUUAUGUUUAAGAAUAAUAUACAUUAUAUUAUAAUAUAAACUUGAAAUUCAUAUGUAUUUGUAAAAUGUAUUUUCAUUGACUAUAUUGUUGUUUAAUUAUCUUUAGAAAUAAUAAAUCAGUAUUAUUAACAUUCAUCUGUCUUUGAAAAACGAAAAAAAAAUGUUAUUUAAUAAAUAUGUAUGUAUACCUUUA